GAUCGGCGAGGUCUGCCGGGAGCACCAUGUUUCCCCGCCCUCUGACCCCACUGGCGGCCCCGAAAGGCGCUGAGACCCUGGGCCGCACGCCGAGGCGGGCCCCAUUGGGCAGGGCCCGUGCUGGACUCGGGGGGCCGCCCCUGUUGCUGCCGUCCAUGCUGAUGUUCGCAGUGAUCGUGGCCUCCAGCGGGCUGCUGCUCAUGAUCGAGCGGGGCAUCUUAUCAGAGAUGAAACCCCUUCCCCUGCACCCUCUCAGCUACAAAGGCGCGGCCUGGCGCGGGACAGCUCCCAAGCCUAGAGGCCUAUCCUUGGAUGCUGGGGACUCGGACUUGCAAGUGCGGGAGGACGUCCGAAACCGGACCUUGAGGGCGGUGUGCGGACAACCAGGCAUGCCCCGGGACCCCUGGGACUUGCCGGUAGGUCAGCGGCGCACCCUGCUGCGCCACAUCCUCGUAAGUGACCGCUACCGCUUCCUCUACUGCUACGUCCCCAAAGUGGCCUGCUCUAACUGGAAGCGCGUGCUGAAGGUGCUGGCGGGCGUUCUGGACAACGUGGACGUUCGCCUCAAGAUGGACCACCGCAGUGACCUGGUGUUUCUGGCAGACCUACGGCCCGAGGAGAUCCGCUACCGUCUGCAGCAUUACUUCAAGUUCCUGUUUGUUCGAGACCCCUUGGAACGGCUUUUGUCUGCUUACCGCAACAAGUUUGGAGAGAUCCGAGAGUAUCAGCAGCGCUAUGGGGCUGAAAUUGUCAGGCGCUACAGGGCUGGAGCUGGCCCCAGCCCUGCAGGGGACGAUGUCACUUUCCCAGAGUUCCUGAGAUACCUCGUGGAUGAGGAUCCUGAGCACAUGAAUGAGCAUUGGAUGCCUGUGUACCACCUGUGCCAACCAUGUGCAGUGCGCUACGACUUCGUGGGUUCUUAUGAGAGGCUGGAGGCUGAUGCCAACCAGGUGCUGGAAUGGGUGCGGGCCCCACCCCAUGUCCGGUUCCCAGCUCGCCAGGCCUGGUACCGGCCUGCCAGCCCAGAAAGUCUGCAUUACCACCUGUGCAAUGCCCCACGGGCCCUGCUUCAAGAUGUGCUGCCUAAGUAUAUUCUGGACUUCUCCCUCUUUGCUUAUCCACUGCCCAACGUCACCAAGGAAGCCUGUCACCAGUGACAGCGGGCCAGCACCUUUUAGAGUUUCGAUUUAAUGACACCAGCUUUGAGGUGUCUUUCAAAGAAACUCCUGGUGCUGUGGCUUGCUGAUUUCCCUAGAUGUCUCCAUAUCCCAAUGGUAGGGACUGUCCUCAGGAAGUCUCUGUCCACAGUGAGUGCUCACAGUGGCUCAAA